AGUAUUGUUCGAGACACCGUCAGCAGUGAUACAGAUAAUAUUACAGCUCACUGUAAGUUCUCGUCGAUAUAAUAUUAUUAUAUUUUAACAUUUCAUCUGUUCGACGUCGACCACACUACACACAACAAACAAAAUGGUUGCCUGCAAAGUGAUUUUGGCCGUCGCCGUCGUGUUCGUAGCUGCCGUUCAAGGUAGACCCGGUGGCGAACCCGAAUGGGCUGCACCGAUCUUUGCAGAAUUAAAGUCCGUGUCCGAUAACAUAACCAAUUUGGUCGGCCUCGACAACGCCGGUGAAUACGCCACCGCUGCCAAGAACAAUCUGAACGCUUUCGCCGAAAGUCUCAAAACCGAAGCUGCAGUGUUCAGUAAAUCGUUUGAAGGAAAAGCCAGCGCGUCCGAUGUUUUCAAGGAAUCCACCAAGAACUUCCAAGCAGUCGUCGACACGUACAUCAAGAACUUGCCCAAGGACCUCACUUUAAAGGACUUCACCGAGAAGAGCGAACAGGCACUCAAGUACAUGGUAGAACAUGGCACUGAAAUCACCAAGAAAGCCCAAGGAAACACCGAGACUGAGAAGGAAAUCAAAGAAUUCUUUAAGAAACAAAUCGAAAACCUCAUUGGACAAGGCAAAGCCAUUCAAGCUAAAAUCGCCGAAGCCAAGAAAGCCUAAGAUGAACAAGUCUGAGGGACUGACACACGUUGUACCAACUAUGUCAACCGAAACGUGAUGUCAAUGAUGAAACUGACAGUUAAUUUAUUGCUCUUUAAUUUUAUAAUAUUGUAAUUUAUUUCACCUUUACAAAAUCAAAUAUUAAAUUUUACAGAUUUUAUACUUUAUUGGACCUUUGUUAUUAUUUUCUCGACUGAAAUAUCGCCUAUAAAUAAACGAUGAAUCUGUUUCUGUGUAAAAGUAAUAACGAUAAUGGUAUCCCCCAACCUAUGUUAUAACUUUGGGGGAAAAAUAAAAAAUUUUUA